GACAGUAGUGACAUGCUCGAUUGCUCGCGCUCCCUCCUUCCCACCGCCUCCGUCUCGAUCCCUCCACCCCUCCUGCCUUUCGCAUAGUCAGACGCCUCCUCCUGACCUCCUCCGCCGCCUUCUGCCGCCGCGACGCGCGUUGGCCGAGCCGCCGGAACCCUAGCAUGGCGAAGACGGCGCGAUCGCCCACGGCGGAGGCUUCCCCGCCGGCGGCCGCGGACAAGCACCGCUCCGGCUCCGCUGCCGGGUCGGGGCUCCGGUCCCUCGCCAGCGCCGCCUCCGGGUGGUGGGACCGGUGGGCGGUCAUGGGCUCCGGCCUCUCCAAGCUCGAGCGGGCCUUCGGCGACCAGUUCCCCGAGGGCGAGCGCUACUUCGGCCUCGAGAACUUCGGCAACACCUGCUACUGCAACAGCGUCCUCCAGGCACUUUAUUAUUGCACUCCGUUCAGGGAGCAGUUACUGGAAUACUAUGCCAAGAGCAGAAAUGUUGAAGAUGCUGAAGAAAAUUUGUUGACCUGCCUAGCAGAUCUUUUUUCACAGAUAAGUGCAUCAAAGAAAAAAACUGGUGUUAUCGCUCCAAAACGUUUCAUUCAAAUGGUUAGGAAACUGAACGAAUAUUUUCGCGGUUACAUGCAUCAGGAUGCCCACGAAUUUUUGAAUUUCCUACUGAAUGAAAUUGUUGAUAUCCUGGAAAAAGAGACUAGGUCUGCGAAGGUUUCUCCCGAGACCACAUCUCCUGAAAAGGUCUCAAAUGGGGCAGCUGUGAAUGGAGUCAGAAAAGAGCCACUGGUUACAUGGGUACAUAAGAAUUUUCAGGGUACUUUGACCAAUGAAACCAGAUGCCUAAUGUGUGAGACAGUCACUGCAAAGGAUGAGACAUUUUUUGACUUGAGUGUUGACAUUGAACAGAAUAGUUCACUCACAAGCUGCCUGAAGAAUUUCUUUUCCACUGAGACUUUAAAUGCGGAUGACAAGUUCUUCUGUGAUAAGUGCUGCAGUUUGCAAGAAGCAGAGAAGAGAAUGAAGAUUAAAAAGGUGCCGCAAAUAUUGGUGAUCCACCUAAAGCGCUUCAAGUUCAUCGAGCAGCUUAACCGGCACAAGAAGCUGUCUUAUCGGGUGGUUUACCCCUUGGAGCUGAAGCUCAGCAGCAACUCUGAUGAUGCUGACUGCGAGUACUCCCUCUUUGCCGUGGUGGUGCAUCUGGGUAGCGGCCCAAACCAGGGACACUACGUAGCCAAGAUCAAGAGUCACGACCACUGGCUGUCCUUCGAUGAUGACAAUGUAGAGAUGAUCCCUGAGUCCACCCUGCAGACGUUCUACGGCUCUUCUCGUGAAUAUUCUGGCAACACGGAUCAUGGCUACAUCUUGUUCUACGAGCGCGUUGGUGGGAAUUGUGACGAGAAGGCCGACCCUCCUGAGGGUAGCGUGUGACCUUAGGCAUUGGAUCUUGUGUGGUUUAGUGUACAUAUGAUUUAGCAAACUUUAAAUUGAUAAAGAGUGUGAAGCUGCUGUCCAUUGGUGUACAAAAGUAAAGUUUUUUUUCCCCUGAGCACGAAAAAUGAGAGGCUAGUUUGGACUUCGGAGUUCAGAUUGAAGUUGUUAUAAAGGAGCAAUCCAUUUGAUUUUGUUUUGA